UUUAAUCGUCCUCUGAAACAGCUUUCACAGCUUAAACAAAUGUUUCUUGGAACCUACCUGAAUGCUUUUCUUGGCUGACAUUCUUCUUCAUCUUCUUCACGGUCUUUGAGGCGCUGCACUCUUCUUCCCAACAUGGAAGCAGAUAAAAUGUGAAAUUUUCUUUGCUUUUUCUUCCUUUUUUUUGGAAUUUUUUUCAUUACUCAGUUUUGUUUUUUCUUUCUGUUCUCGUAUUAUCUUGCCGAUAUUGUCCCAAAAUAUUUAUCAUUUGGUUUGGGUUCGGGGUUGGCGUUUCUGCUUUGCCAAACGGUACAAGUGCCCAUUCGUUUCUUUUUGCAUUUUUUUGUUCCCUUCUGCAACCGUAUUAUUUUACUUUUAAGUUCUGAAGAUCACAUUUUUGAAAGUUGAGACUUUUUGGGCCUUUUCCUUUUGUCAUAUGUAUGAGCUUUUCUGUUCUCGUUGAAUAUGGUCUAUGGAUGGAUUUGAACGAAAAAUAUGGACCCUACUCAAGUUUUACCUUUUCUUGAGUGUUUUGAGUUCUUGACGUGGGGGUGGGGUGUUUUUUUUCUUCUCAUUUUGGAUGGUGAUAUUGUUUAUGUAGUACUCCGUAUUAUUUAUUAUUUAGCACUCUUUAUUAUGUUCAUGUUUGUUUCUUCAAUUUGUGAUUUAUCUUUAUUAAAGUGAAAUGGGCAUUUAGUUUACCUUAAGUGAGAUGGGCAUUAGGUCGCUUUUUUCUCUAAUUUUGUGAUGCAUGGAGUAACAUAGUUUAUUAUAAUUAGCAGCUUAAUAAUAUUACGAUGGGGGAUUAUAAUUUCACUCUGUGACCUUGAUUCCCUUGCUGUAUGGUGUAAAAGGUUAGAUGUGUAUAUAUAUGAUUAUCUCAUCAAGAGGAAGAUGACUGUGUCUGCCAGGGCAUUUCAUGCUGAAGCAGAAGUACCCACUAACCGAACAGCAAUUGAUACUCCAGGAGGAUUUCUUUUAGAAUGGUGGUCAAUCUUUUGGGAGAUAUUUGUUGCUAGGUUUAGAUGCCCUCCUUCAGGAUCUCGCAAUGAGGAACAGCAGCAACAACACCAAAGUGAUGAGCAGCAGCAGUGUCAAAUACAACAACAAAUCCUGCAGAAACACGUUGAACAACAAUCACAGAGACAACGAGAAGAGACUCGAUUAGGAUGUGCCACUUCCGCUGAAAUGCAUUCAAGACCUAGCCGUGUGGCCAUGAAUGCACUAACCAGAAGUAGAAGCUCUUUGCCUGGGCCAAAUAGGAAGAGGCCCAUGCAGUCUAGUGAUGGCAGUAAUGCUGGUCAGCCUUUUAAUCAUAGUUAUACAUCAAUAUUAACUUCAGGAACAUGUGUAGACCAGCAUCCACGUCACGGAAGUCCUGUUGGCAAUUUAAGAUCAUUUCCCGAAACAAAGGAUCAACCUCAGCUGCGUCAUGUUUCCCAUGGCCCAAUGAAUACAUUGAAUCCCUUAACAAACCUCAAGUCUGCUUUCUCGGACGCAUCUUUGACUCAACUUUAUGGAUCAAAUCAUGGGGUGAGUAAUAUGCCUUUGAAGGGUUGGCCUCUGACGGGAUUUGAACGGCUUCAACCUGGACAUCUUCAGCAUCAAAACCCUUUGCUUAAUCCUUCUCAGCCCUCCCAACAACUUCAGCUGCAACAGCAAAUUCAAAGCCUUCUUGGUUCUCAGUAUAUGGAUGUUAGGAAAGACGUGCAACCACAUUUUUUGUCUAAUUUGGUUCCUGAUUCGAAUUUGCUGGUUCAAGCAGGCCUCCCUCUUUUCUCUUGUGCGGAUGAUACACUAAUCAAGCUCUAUCAGUCUGAAUUGGCAAAGGCCAACCAAAGACAGCAGCAAUGUCAAAGGCCAACUGUACUUGGUCAAUGUCCAGAAACCUCAAGCUAUAAAAUUGCACAACAAGACAACACGAUUACUGCAAGCAACAGUGCCAUGGAUGCCACCUUUUCAAAUACUUCUAGAGACAAUGAUCAGAUCCCGGCUCUAAGAAAAAGAAAGCAACCAUUGUCCUCAAAUCCAACGAACAGCUCGGGUACUGCAAAUACCACUAUUCGAUCAUCACAAAGCAUGUCACCCUCUUCCCCUUCAACCCACACAAUGGAAGAUGUGAUAUCAUCGGUACCUUUACUGCUUCCAGAUGAUAGCAAGUCACAGAUAUAUUGCAGCAGUGGUGCUGACACAAAUGCAUCAAAUCAGAUGGCAGACAUUGUCCGUUUUAUAAGUCAUGGAUCUAUGGAUGACAAUGUGGAUUCUUUCCUUGAUAAAAAUGUGUGCGGCACUGAAGAUGCGAUUACUCAAUGCUUAGAUGUUCCAUUCUCAGAAAUUGGAAGCAUUGAAUCUAAUGAAGUUAACUGCUGUGAUUUCUCAUGCGAGGGUAAACUUAUUGCAACUGGUGGAGACAGUAAUAAGGUUGUAUUAUGGUGCACAGACUCUAAAGAGCAAAAGUGUACACUUGGAGAGCACUCCGACAAAAUCACAGAUGUUCGUUUUAGUCCAAGACGACCACAGCUUGCUUCAUGUUCCCUGGACCGGAUGGUUAAAAUUUGGGACAUCCAUAGCCCAGGCAAGUCACUGCGAACCUUUACUGGGCAUUCUGCCUCUGUUGUCUCAGUGGACUUUCACCCAAACAAGGAGGACCUUAUCUGCUCUAGUGACGAUGUUAGUGCUAUACGGUAUUGGACCAUUAAGAAUGGUGGUUGUGCGGGAGUUUCUAAGGUUGCUGCAGCUCAAGUGAGGUUCCAACCUACUCGAGGAAGGUUUCUUGCUGCUGCUGUAGGGAAUGGUGUAUCCUUGAUAGAUGUUGAGACCACUCAAACCUGCAGCAGAUAUCCUUUGAAGGGGCAUGCAUCAAAUGUGCGGUCUGUAUGCUGGAGCUCUUCAGGGGAGUAUAUAGCAUCUUUGAGUGAGGACUUUGUUAGAGUGUGGAAAGUUGGAAGUGGGGGAGACCAGAAGUGCGUGCACGAGUUAAGCAUAACCGGGAAAAGAUUCCGUACAUGCACCUUUCAUCCAAUACAACCUUCUUUGCUGGUCAUCGGUUCCCAGCAGUGCCUGGAGCUGUGGAACAUGGCAGAGAACAAGAUGCUGACAAUGGUUGAGGGGCCUAUCUCUACGUUGGCUGUAUCUUCCUUCGCUGGUUUAUUAGCCUCUGCGGCAAGCGGUGGCAAUUCAGUCAAGCUGUGGAAGUGAUGGUAAUAUAUGUUCGGUCUAUAUAUAUUAUAUAUAUAUAUAUAUAUAUAUAUAUAUAUAUACAUACACAUACAUAUAUAACAUAUAUACAUGCUAUCCUGCCUAACUAGCACUGCAGAAGUCGUGCCUUGAUCCUAAGAGUGGGGAAUACUUUUUUGAUGGCCUGGAGUUUUGUUGGGGUUCAGAACAAUGUAAAGUUACCAUUAUGAAGAAAAUGGAAAGAAAAUAUAGUUAGUUAGGUAGUUUCUGGAAAUGGAGGUAGGUUAUUUGUGCAACUAUAUACUUCGCAUUAUAUUAUUAUACACGUGUGAGUGGAAAGAUGAAAGGAACUGAAUCAUAUGUUAUGCAUAAAUUAACAUAACAUAGCUAUUAAUUAAUAUGGACAUUUCGCUUGAGUGACG